UUCGCCCCCCUUUCUAAAGUCAGCAAACUAUCAGAACACCGGAAAAGCAGUCCCCGCCAGCCCACCGCUCCCGUUCCCCACCCAAGACGGAUUGACUUGGCACGAGUCACGUCCAAGGUCAACACAGGUCUUCUUUCACGCAGUUGUUCCACCUCCUCUUCCUCUUUGGACUCCAGACAAACAUCCAGGCGACCACCGCGGCCACUCCCACGUCAAAGACCACCGCUGCGGCCAUGGCAGGAACGGACCCCUCCUAGCACCAGAUCUACUCCUCCUCCUCCCUCCCGUUCCCUCACCGCCACGCCACACUCUGUAAUUGCUCGCAGCAGGACCCCUUCAGCCAGCAGCACAACACAAGAGAGCCUAGAGGUGCAUUUGGGGGAGCGUGUAUUGGUGGUGGGACAAAGGACAGGGGUUGUCCGAUAUUACGGCAAGACCAGUUUUGCUCCAGGAUUUUGGUUGGGGAUUGAGUUGGACAAGCCGAGCGGAAAGAAUGACGGAUCAGUUGGAGGAGUACGAUACUUCAGCUGUCCUCCGAAACACGGAGUCUUCGCCCCACCCUCACGAGUUCAGAGCAGGAUUCAUGGCUCAGUGGACUGUCUGUCAGAGCUUUCCUCAUCUCGGAUGAACUAUUCUUUCACAGGAAUUCGACGCACUCUCAGCACUUCCUCAGCCAUCGCCACGAAGAGAGAACCGAGCCGCAAAAGUCAAGCAAGCAGGAACCGUUCCAGUAAUUUGCGGCGACGCUGGAGCACGGUCAGCGCUGGCUGGGGUACAUCAAGGGCAAACAGCAGCGCUGGCCCAGGGCCUAACCGAGUGGGUGGCACCACCAGUUCCUCUGGCUCAGAUGGCACUGUCAAACUCCACCUGGGCAUGCAGGUCUUGCUAAUUAGUGCCAAUGAGAUGGGCACCAUCCGCUACAUUGGCACAGCUAACUUUGCCCCUGGCCUCUGGCUGGGCCUCGAGCUGCGAAACCCGAAAGGAAACAACGAUGGUUCUGUGGGCAGCCGACGCUACUUCAGUUGUCGACCUGGCCAUGGGGUUCUGGUGCGCCCCAGCAGGGUCACGUACCGUGGUAUCAACGGGGCCAAGCUGGUGGAUGAAAGCAGCUGAGACCGUCACACGCUGAAACGUGGGCUUCCCAUCUCUCCAUCCAUCUGGCUUUCGCUUCAUUUUCAUGUUUCAUUCAGAAACAUUUAAUGUUUCUAUGGAUUUGUUUUGACAUUUCAACCAACCUAAGGAGACAUUUUCUUUCUAACUGCACUAAGACUCAUACUUUCACAGCUGAUAAACUGUAUACUCCAUUUUCUAAACUAACUAAAUAUAAUGUGUGGGAGCAAAUAUUCUUCUGAGGUUUUAGUUUUAGCUGGAGGUUUGAAUUCAGAUGCUUCAGAUUACGUAAACAGUAGCAGUCUCUGAGCACUUUAAUAAAUGUGGGUGAAGACAAUGACUUGAAUGGCAGGAUUUAAGAAGUUCAGACAAUUUAAUAACUUCGGUAGCUGUGACUAUCAGCUCCUCAAAUCCCCUCAGACGUUCUCUCAACAGAAUAAAGCAUCGCUUACUGUUUGUCUACUCUUUUCAGAAGGUGUGAGUCCCUUCAGAACAUGGCACUUAUACAUUCAGAAACGUCUAAUCUUUCAUCUUGAUGCGAGACCAGUUACGAUUAAAUAAUAAGCACUUUAAUAGUAUCAUAAUCCAAGAUCUAAUCAGCUCAGUGAAUAAAAACUUGAUAGUUCCACAGAUGAUGUAGCAGUUGUUGCUGCUGACAGACUUAAUCAGGUUUUUGUUUUGCCUGUAAUAAAGAACUUCUCUUGACUGAGAGAUCCCUAAUAGAAACUUAAGUCAGUUUUAUGAAGUCAUUUAAAGAUGAUACACAGACCAAACAGCGAGGGCUAAAUCAGGAACUGAAAAGAUCUACCUUUAUUUUCGGUUUAAACUCAUAACAUAUGCGUGUCUGUGGAUAUGUUUUUGUUUUGUACGGUUUAGUCUGUAAUAACAAAUCAAACAAUUGUUAAGUGACUCCAUUAUAAUGAACCGAUUAGUAUUUGUUUCAUAUUUACAGGCAAAUAGGCAACAUACAGGCAAAGUUAGCAUUUAUCCAUAUUUAUAUUAGAUCAUAAAAAUCCUUAAUGAGAAGAGACUGGCAUGAUUUGAAUUUUUUAUUUUUUUUUUCCUCUCAAAUGCAACUGUUUUCCUCUCAAAUUCCAUUCCAUUAUUUUUGAAUUCCUUUCCAAAUUCUUAGUUCAACAAUGUCUAGGAUGAGUUUACAGUCAGUGUAAAUGCAGGAAUUACAGAUCUAUGGUUCCUCAGUGAUCAUAUCAUUUUGCACUAAUGAGAAAAUUAUGAAAAUAUGAUGUUUAUGACAUUGACUAGGUAUCAGAAAAUCCUAAAAAGAAAUUCAUGAGGGUUAAAAUUGGCAAGAAAACCAAUAAAUGAAAAGGGUUAUAAAAUGGGACAAUUUCCAAUGGAAGUUGGAGUCUUCUUGCACAUUUCAGCCUGUUUCCACAGGGGUGUUUUGUACUGUCUGUACAUUAUCUGCUUCGUUCUGGGUGUAUAUUUUGUGUGAAUUAAAAUGUAGUAUUUUAGUACUAACUUAAAUCUGAAUUAUAAAAUGUAAUGCACAAAGAACGUUUGUCAAAUUUGCCGAUUACAAUAAAAGUUAUAAUAAUUUACUUUUGUUUUCUUCA